UUUACAGUGUGAGUGUCAGUGCGUGGCAAGUUUUGACGCGACAAUCGCCAACAAUCACAAGAUAAACUUUUAAAUUUUAUAGAGACUACUUAUUGUAUAGUAAGGAUUUAAAAAAAAAGCAGUUCGAAUAACUCAGAAAUGUUUUUUUGAAUUAUUGAACAUCAAGAUAUGCCAGAAAAACGAAAAAAAAUGGGCACACUACGUGCAUUAAUUCUUGUUGGUGGAUAUGGAACACGAUUGAGGCCUUUAACUCUUAGUAGACCUAAACCACUUGUAGAGUUUGCCAACAAACCGAUGUUGAUGCAUCAGAUUGAGGCUUUGGUAGAAUCGAAUGUUACUGAAAUUAUUUUGGCUGUGUCAUAUCGUGCUGAAGAGAUGGAAAAAGAACUUACAGCAGAAGCUGAAAAACUUGGUGUUAGUUUGAUAUUUUCACAUGAAAGUGAACCUCUGGGUACAGCCGGUCCAAUUGCACUGGCACGUCAGAUUUUAACGACAAGUGACGAACCAUUUUAUGUAUUAAAUUCAGAUAUUAUUUGUGAUUUUCCAUUCAAACAACUUUUGGAAUUUCACAAAAAACAUCGUAGAGAAGGAACAAUUGUUGUAACUAAAGUUGAAGAGCCGUCCAAAUACGGAGUUGUUGUUUAUGAAGAAGAUGGAAAAAUAGAAAGUUUCAUUGAAAAACCACAAGAGUUUGUGUCGAAUAAAAUUAAUGCCGGUAUUUAUAUUCUAAAUCCUAGUGUACUUAAUAGGAUAGAAUUAAGACCUAUGAGUAUUGAAAAAGAAGUAUUUCCGGAGAUGGCCAAAGAUGGACAGCUGUAUGCGAUGGAGCUACCAGGGUUUUGGAUGGAUGUAGGACAGCCAAAAGACUUUUUAACUGGUAUGUGCUUAUAUCUUGCAUCACUGAGAGAAAAAUCGCCAGAAAAACUUUACACAGGCGAAGGUGUAGUCGGCAAUGUCCUUGUAGACCCAACAGCAAAGAUUGGUAAAGACUGUAGAAUAGGUCCCAAUGUUACAAUUGGACCUGGUGUUACUUUAGCUGAUGGUUGUUGUAUUAAACGUUCAACUCUUUUAAAAUCUUCAACUGUGAAAGAACAUGCUUGGCUUGAUGGAUGUAUCGUCGGAUGGAGAAGUGUUGUCGGACGAUGGGUGCGAAUGGAAGGAAUUACAGUACUUGGUGAGGAUGUUAUUGUCAAAGACGAGUUAUAUAUCAAUGGUGGCCAAGUACUUCCACAUAAAAGUAUUGCUACAUCUGUUCCUGAACCACAAAUUAUCAUGUGA